AUGUUGACGGAAUUCAAGAGGAGAAAACACAUAUUCUUACCAAUACUUGUAAUAUUAUCAAUUAUCGGAUUUGUUCAUUAUUCAAGUUCAAUUCUGUUUAAUAGUUUAUCAAAUUCAAACAAUUCAUCAGUUCUAAAACAGCAAAUUCUAAUUUCAUCCAAUACUAAUGGGAAAGCUGCUAAAUAUGUACCAAAAUUUAAGAAAUUAACAUUUAUUGAUUAUGAUUUUGACUUCACUAAAGUGACUUAUACUUCAACGAAUGAAAAAUUCACAUCUACUUAUAAAUCAAUGAAUCGUGAUGAUGGGAUAGUUGAAGAUAGUUCAGUUAAUUAUUUUCCUGGUAAACAAACUAUUUUAAUCAUGUCAGUUAUUGGAAAUAGUAGUCCAUAUGGAAGAGAUCGAAAUUUUGAACAAUUUUUAGAAACAAUACUUUCAAUAGUUGAAGAUCAAUCAGAUUAUAUUAUAUCAUUAUCAUUAUUAUGUAAUAAUCCUGAUGAAUUUAAUAAUAUUCAAAAAUAUUUUGAAAAUGAAUUAGAAAAUAAUUUAGAAUUAUUUUCAACUUUAUUUGAAUCCAUAAUUAUUGUAUCGGCUCCAUUUUUAGAUGAAAAUUCAGGAUUUAAUAGAAACGAAA